UGUUGAGGUUUAUAACUGGGACUGCAACCUUCUCCUCGACAGCAUGUCGGGCUGGACUUUACAGCAGAGGCUCGAGGGAGAAACGUCUAGUUCAAUUCUAGCAAGGUACGGUUGAAUGCUUCAAAUUUAAAAAAUGGGUGACAGAAACGAUAGAGUCCCCAUGAUGACACGCAGAACAAGGAGAACCACCAUCUGCGCUACGCCAGCGGGUGCCAAUUCUAAACAAGCCAACGGCAGCGCAGGGGAAAAAACUUCAAGCCAACCGAGCCACAGCAACCGGAAAGUGAAGGAGGAAAAACGGGUGCACGAGCCGGUCACUACACCACGCAAGGAGAGGAGCAAAACCAGCGAAAGAUUUAGCUGCCAUGUCCUCCAGGAGUCCCUGCUCAGCUCAGCCAGUGGCUACAGUAACUAUAGAGGCAUCCUCAACUGGUGUGUGGUCAUGCUGGUCUUGUGCAAUGCACGCCUUUUCCUGGAGAAUCUAAUAAAAUAUGGGAUACUGGUGGACCCCAUCCAAGUGGUUUCACUGUUCUUAAAAGACCCAUAUAACUGGCCUGCAUCUUGCCUUAUCAUUGUUUCGAAUGUGUUCAUAAUGGCAGCUUUGUACACGGAGCGGAGGCUAUCAGUGGGCACCAUCUCAGAGACUACUGGAACAUUCCUUUACUUGGUCAAUCUGACCACCCUCCUCUUUUUUCCAUCAGCCACUGUGCUCAUGCUGACCUCCAUUACCCCAGUGGGUGGAGCCUUUGCCCUGUGUGUCUAUACCAUCCUCUUCAUGAAGUUGUACUCGUAUAAGGAUGUGAACAUGUGGUGCAGAGAGAUUAGGCAUACCAAAGCCCGCACCCUGACCCGCUCCCAUUCAUGUCCAUCAGUCGCCCAGUCAAAUGGGUCAGCUGUACACGCUCAUGUGUCCUACCCUGGGAAUCUCACACACAGAGAUAUAUAUUACUUUGUGUUUGCCCCAACUCUCUGCUAUGAACUGAACUUCCCCCGGUCACCACGGAUACGCAAGAGCUUCCUGCUCAGGAGACUCUUUGAGAUGCUGUUCUUCAUACAGUUACAGAUUGGAUUGGUACAACAGUGGAUGGUGCCGACUAUUCAGAACUCCAUGAAACCAUUCCAGGAUAUGGACUUUUCCAGAAUGAUCGAGCGCAUGCUGAAACUGGCUGUUCCCAAUCAUUUAAUCUGGCUCAUCUUUUUCUAUUGGUUUUUCCACUCUUCCAUGAACUUCGUAGCUGAGCUGAUGCGGUUUGGCGACAGGGAGUUUUACCAGGACUGGUGGAACUCUGAGACGGUCACUUAUUUCUGGUCUAACUGGAACAUUCCUGUGCACAAGUGGUGCCUCCGCCACUUUUACAAGCCUCUCAUGGGGAGAGGUGUGAAUAAGUGGGUCGCUCAGACAGCCAUCUUCCUGGUCUCCGCCUUCUUUCACGAGUACUUGGUGAGCGUUCCUCUGAAAAUGUUCCGACUGUGGGCGUUCAUGGGCAUGAUGUCUCAGAUUCCACUCGCCUGGUUCGUCGGCCGCUUCCUGAGAGGUAACUAUGGUAAUGCAGCAGUCUGGAUCUCGCUCAUCAUUGGCCAGCCCAUCGCCGUACUGAUGUACGUCCACGACUUCUACGUAUUACAUUACGUGUCACAAUCAUGAGCAGUUGGCCGCAAGCAGAGGAGCAAUAUAUUCUACUAAAUAAGGAAAAAUGUUUAUUUUGAAAGGGAAAUGUUUUAUAUGAAGCUCAACUGAUUAGUAAGAAUGUACUACAAAAAGUUUUUGGCCUUCAGUUUCUCGAAUGCACUGAUACACUACAGAGACACUUGGCUCUAGUCCAGUCAUGUGCAAUUGUUGUGAAACACUACCCUGCCAAAGCUAGAGAACAUUUGUAUGCCUUUUCUGUUUCUUACUUUAAUAGUCUACAACUAUGAAGAUCAAUGCAAAAAACUCUACAGUACCUGUCAAAAGUUUGGACACACCUACUCAUUCAAGGGUUUUUCCUUUAUUUUUACUAUUUUCUACAUUGUAGAAUAUUAGUGAAGACAUCAAAACUAAUAACACAUGGAAUCAUGUAGUAA